GAUAGGUACCAUGGUGAAACCGGCGAAACACCUAUCAAUUACCCACGUUACUACACAAAUCUCUCGUAUGUUUUCCUGGAAGCGUGCAACGAAUCUAAAUACGAAGCCGUAGACUACAACGGGAAAACCCAUAAGGGUUACUCUAGGGUGCAGUCAAACACUGCCUAUGGAGUGCGAAUGGGUCCCAGUACGUGCUUCUUAAAUGAAAUGAUGCGACCCAAUAUUACCAACCUGCACAUUUACACAUACAGCACGGCCACCAAGAUCAUUUUUGAAGGCAACAGAGCAACUGGAGUAGAAUUUGUGAAGGAUGGUAAAACAGAGAAGGCGUACGCUACGCGCGAAGUUAUCCUGUGUGCCGGAGCCGUGAACACCCCCAAGCUACUUAUGCUGUCGGGAAUAGGGCCUAAGCAUGAGCUGGAACGACACGACAUUUCAAUGAGGCUGGACCUUCCAGUGGGACAAGGGCUUCAAGAUCACGUGGUUUUCCUGGGAAUGGUGGUGACCACAACAGAUGAUCUUAUUGGCCUGAAAGAUUUCAACAAAAGUAUUGAAGAAUAUAACACAUCACGAACAGGGCUUCUUACAAUACCCGGAACUUUUGAAGCGUUGCUCUUUACGAGCAGUGGAGUCGGAAGUGAGACUGACGAUGAUCCAGAUAUAGAGCUUGAGCUUACAGCUCUCUUUCCAAGUCCUGAAAUUGGGAAGUCUAAAUACGUCUCACAGCAGGUGUAUGACAAAUACUACAAGCCAAUGUUUGGAAAAAAUGGCUUCAUGAAUGCAGUUGCCAUGGUAAAGCCAAAAUCACGAGGUGCCGUCUAUCUACGUUCUAAAAAGCCCGAAGACAAGCCACAUAUAAACCCAAACAUGCUGUCAGAAAAUAUCGAUUUAACUCGAAUAGUGAAUGGAACUCUGAAAUUACUAGGGCUGUUCGACACUAAGGCCAUGAAGGAUAUCGGUGCUGAAGUGUGGAAGAAAAAGUUCCCCUAUUGCAGCCAGUUCGAUGUAUGGAGCCCUGACUACGUGACUUGCUUCGUGCAGCACACUGCCUUUCCUGGUCAGCAUGUCUGCUGCACGUGCGCCAUGGGGGAACACCAGCGGGCUGUUGUUGACAGCAGUCUGAGGGUAAAAAACACAGAGGGAUUACGUGUCGUCGACGCUUCAGUGAUGCCACAGAUCGUCUCCGGGAACACCUACGCCACCGUCCUCAUGAUCGGGGCGAAAGCGGCAGACAUGAUUCUGCAGGACGCUAAGAAAAAUCCCUCAGUCAAGCCAUAGACCCUGAGCGACUACUUAAGUUAUAUAUUGUUCCCGUAGAACAUGAAAUACGGGACGAAACAACUCAUCAACCAUCUCCAAUUGCGGUAUUUAUAUUU